GCAACGUAUUUGAUUGAUCAUGAAUUCUCAAGUAAUUUAUCAAGCCGCAUUCUCAAAUUAAGUUCCUAGUUCGAAAGAAGCUCUUAACCAUGCCAAUUCUUGCAAUUGCGGGCGGAACCUCAGCCAGUCUCGGUCGAGCCAUCACCACAUCUCUUCUUCAGAAUACCAAACAAUGGAACGCGGUUAUUCUCUCACGCACCACUCGCGCCCCAACAUGGCUUCGCGCAGUCGAUCCAGAUAGCAAGCGCACCCAGAUUCGUAAGGUCGAUUACAUGUCAAUUGAGUCGUUACAUGCAGCCUUAAAGGAUGUCGACACAGUCGUCUCCGUCACCUCAGCGGUCGACGGCACGCAGCCACAGAUACAAAAGAAUCUCCUCCACGCCGCCGUUCAGGCUGGCUGCAAGCGCUUUGCGCCAUCGCAGUGGGGCUUUGGGCCAAAAGGGUGGGAAAACGUCAAGUCCCUAAAGUGGGCUUCUGACGGUGUGUGGGAAGAAUGUCUGGCGCAGAAGGACAAGAUCGAGUGCACUAGAUUCAACCAAGGCGUCUUCAUGAAUUAUAUUGGCCAUGGAAUUUACCCAGUCUCAUCUCAGGUAGACAAAGAUGCCUCCCUGGAGAUGAUGAAAGCAGGAGGGGGGUAUAUGGCCGGUGAAGACGACGCAUGUCAAGGCUUGCUGAGGCAGGGAGAUUUGAAAGAUGGAUCUGGAGCCUUCCUGAUGGGCCUGAAGAACGGCAUUGCGGAGUUUCCUAAGAAGGAUGACGGUUCUUGGCCACGAGUCACUCUGACCUCCUUGAAGGAUGUGGGCCGAUUCGUUGUGGCGUCUCUUGACUUGCCCAGUGGGAGGUGGGAGGAGAACAUGACCAUGGUGGGGGAGACUCUGACCAUGGGUGAACUACUAGCUCAUGCGGAAGCCGUGACUGGGAGAAAAUUCGAAGUCAGCGCUGUAACACAAGCAGACCUUGAAAAGAAGAUAGCACGGCUUUCGGAAGAUGAUUUUAUGGCGCGGAUGUGGACAGAGUUUAAACUGGCUUACAUCAGGGACCUGGAUGACGAAGUGGUGUUGAAGCCUGUGAUGAACCAGCUCUGCCCAGACUUGAAACCUAUGGGAGUGCGAGAAUACAUGGAAACAUUCUUCCAUGGUAAAUAGCUGGUCAAUUACAUUAGAGAGAGACUGUAUACCGCUGGGCAGUAACGAGUGUAUUCAGUGUUCUCACCCAUGAUGUCGUACGACUGCUCCUUAACGUUGCUGUUGAACUAUGAUCACUCAAACAGAAAACCGAGAUACACAUUGCAUCCCAACACAAAC